GUGGUACGUGAAGGCAUCAGGGCGCUUCAUCCAAUCGUGAGCGAGAGGAAGACUGACGUCAGCGAUGUAAACAAACAGAGGCAGCGGCCAUUACAGUCGAGGAGAGUUUCAUCCGGACCGAGUCGAACCUGAGGCUGUUCGGCGGAUCCCGCUCGUCAAGGUCUUCGUGUGUUUCCGGUGGGAGUCGGGAGAAUGAAAGAUCCGACUCUCGGCAGCGUCUCGGCCCCGAACACGUCGCUCGGCAGCGGGGUGAUCCUGAGCAGCCAGUUCGGUUCCGACGACGACCCGUUCGCCGAGUACAUGUGGAUGGAGAACGAGGAGGAGUUCAAUCGACAGGUGGAGGAGGAGCUGUGGGAGGAGGAGUUUAUCGAGCGUUGUUUCCAGGAGAUGUUGGAGGAGGAGGAGCAGUGGGAGUGGUUCAUCCCGUCCAGGGACCUCCCCUCUCCGGACCCUCAGGACCAGAUCAGUCUGAUGGUUCUGGACGCAGACGCAGACUUCGAGGUCGGGAUCAACAGCAGCCUGAACCCCAACGCCAAGGAGUUCACCCCGGGCAUCAAGAAACACGUCAUGUGACCCCGCCCCCUCCCUCCUGUUCCAGCCCGCACUGUGACAUAUCGUAUUUUUCAGCUGCCACUCGACCUUCAGCCUGACGUGUUGCCAAAGCUCUGCGUUCGCUCCCCGAUGUUCAACCUCCAGAGUCUGUUACUGUGUAUGGUGUGUGUGUGUGUGUGUGUGUGUGUGUGUGUGUGUGUGUGUGUGUGUGUGUGUGUGUGUUAGAAUCAGUCUCGAAGUUGUCACUCUUUUAUUUUGCACUUUGUUUUGUUCCAGUUCCUCCAGUUUAGAUCUUCUUGGUCUUUUUUGGGUCCUCUUUGUGGUUUUUCUGUCCCUGCUGGUCCUUACUGGUCCCUGUUAGUCCUCACUGGUCCCUGCUGGUCCUCACUGGUCCCUGCUGGUCCCUGCUGGUCCUUACUGGUCCCUGUUAGUCCUCACUGGUCCCUGCUGGUCCUCACUGGUCCCUGCUGGUUCCUGCUGGUCCUCACUGGUCCCUGCUGGUCCUCGGAGCAGCCUCUGCUGCCUCAUUAACUGAUGUUCUUGUUGAGUUUUUUUCUAAUUGCACAGAAAGUUACUGUAUAAAAUGUCGUAUAAAGAAAAAAAAGUUGUAAAAAAAAAAUCUAUUUUUUCUUAAAGUACUUGAAAAUAAAUGUUUAUGGAGAAAAACUU